GACGUCAUGUGAUACGCUGACUGCUGGAAGCAGAAUGAACUAGCUAGCUAGUUUCCCAUCAACUACACCAUCAGGCUGCGAUUAUUAACAUUUAAAGGCAAAUAUCUGGAAACCACCAAUUGAAGGAAUAAGACAAGGCGCUGCCGGCCGCUAAUUUCCCCCAAAAAGAGACAAAAAUGACGGCGGCGGUGUUUUUCGGCUGCACCUUCAUCGCCUUCGGCCCGGCCAUCGCUCUCUUCCUGUUUACAAUCGCCCGGGAUCCCCUGAGGGUCAUUUUCCUCAUCGCAGGAGCGUUCUUCUGGCUGGUGUCUCUGCUGCUGGCGUCUCUCGUGUGGUUCAUCUCGGUCCAGAUCAGCAACAAGGACAGCGCGGCGCAGCAGAAGGGUCUCCUCAUCUUCGGCGUGGUGCUGUCCGUCCUCCUGCAGGAGACCUUCCGCUUCGCCUACUACAAGCUGCUGAAGAAAGCUAAUGAAGGCCUCCUCACUCUCAGUCAGGAGGAAACCAUGCCGAUCUCCAUCCGGCAGCUGGCCUACGUGUCCGGACUCGGCUUCGGCUUCAUGAGCGGAGCGUUCUCGGUGGUGAACAUCCUGGCGGACUCUGUGGGACCGGGGACGGUCGGGAUCCACGGAGACUCGCAGCACUACUUCCUGUCCUCAGCCUUCAUGACCCUGGCCAUCAUCCUGCUUCACAUGUUCUGGGGCGUCGUCUUCUUUGACGCCUGCGAGAAGCAGCGCUGGUGGGCGGUGGCGGCGGUCGUCGUCAGCCACCUCACCGUCUCCUGUCUGUCUUUUCUCAUUUUAAUGCUCAAAAUGGGAAUAUAA